AUGGGAUUUAGAAAGCUCACAAACGAGCCAGAAGAUAUCACAAAUCAAUAUGCAAAUGAUCUGGAAGAGGUCGUGCCUUUAACCAACACCAUCAACAAAUCAUCAAAUGAGAAACCACAGCAAAAUAUCAUUGAUGAUGUGCCUGCUCAUUUGGAGCCGUAUCUUCAAACACAACCGACAUUUGGAUUAACAGACGAUCAGGUGCAUGAGAGAAUGCAACGAUUUGGUAGAAAUGAGUUGGCCGAAAAGAAGAGGAACAAAUUACUGCAUUUUCUAUCGUUUUUUACUGGCGCCAUUUCAUAUUUGAUGAUACUAUCGCUGAUAUUGACAGCGGUUACCUCAGAUUGGCUUGAUUUUGGAAUCAUUGCUGGCAUGCUGAUCAUCAAUGCAGUCAUUGGUUACGUCGAAGAAGCACGCGCAGAAUCAUCCAUUGCAUCACUCAAGAACAGCCUUGCAUUGCGUUGUAAAUGCUGGAGAAAUGGUCGAUUGAUUGAAGUGAAUUCUGCGGACAUUGUGGUGGGUGAUAUCAUUGUGCUGAGAUUGGGUGAUAUUGUACCAGCAGAUGCUCGUUUACUAGGCAUUGGCGCAUCAGGUGAAGCCAUUGAGACAGACAUUCAGAUCGACCAAAGUUCAUUGACAGGCGAAUCUUUACCAUCAAAAAAGAAGCCCGGAAGCGUUGUAUUUUCAUCCUGUGUCGUCAAACAAGGUCAACAGCAAGCCAUUGUCGUUCGCACUGGACCUGAUACGUUUAUCGGAAAGACCGCUAGUUUGAUCUCGGUGACAACAGGAUCUGGAAGAUUCCAAAAGGUGAUAAACUACAUUGGUAACUUUCUCAUCAUCAUCUCGGUGCUGCUCGUGCUCAUCAUCUUCAUCCAUGAACUGUUGGAGGAGAAGGUGGCUACUGGCGCAGUGACACAGGGCCAAGUGUUAUCGGCAUUGAACCAGAUGGUGGUAUUGACAAUUGCAGCUAUUCCGGUCGGCUUACCUACCGUCAUGUCUGUCACCAUGGCCAUCGGCGCUAAACAGCUAGCCAAGAAACAAGUGAUUGUCAAGAGAUUAACUGCUGUUGAGGAAUUCGCAUCUGUGUCCAUUCUUUGCAGCGAUAAAACAGGCACACUCACCAAAAACGAACUCACAUUUGACAAGCCCUACUUGUCUGGCUCUUACGAUAAAAACGACAUUUUGCUCUACUCUUACUUGGCUGCCGAAGUAGCCACAGAUGAUCCGAUUGAAUUCGCUGUACGCACAGCCGCUGAAAAGCACCAUCCGCAAGUGAACAACGAUGGCAGCCACUCUGUACAAGGUUACAAGGUGGUAUCUUUCAAGCCCUUUAAUCCCUCCGACAAGACCGCUGAGGCUACUGUGCAGGAACUAGCAACGGAUUCCAAAUUUCGUGUAGCCAAAGGUGCUCCUCAAGUGAUUCUGAGCCUGGUGGGUGGUAACAAGCAGGCUGAGGAAACAGUGGAAGCUUUUGCUGCUCGAGGACUCCGCUCCUUGGGCGUCGCAAGAACUGUGAAAGGCAUGGAUCAAUGGGAGUUGGUGGGCUUGCUUAGUUUGAUUGAUCCUCCCAGAGACGACUCUGCAGAGACUUUGGCUGAAUGCAACCAAUACGGUAUUACUGUCAAGAUGAUUACCGGUGAUCAAGGUGUUAUUGCCAAAGAAGUGGCUGGGAGAUUAGGCAUGGGAAAGAACAUUUUGGACGUAGACGAGCUUGUGGAUCCUACAAAAUCAGAGCAAGAGCUGUCGGAUGCUGUCUUGUUUUCUGAUGGUUUCUCCCGCGUGGUUCCUGAGCACAAAUACAGAGUGGUGGAACUGCUACAAGAAAGAGGCUACUUUGUUGCCAUGACGGGUGAUGGUGUCAACGAUGCACCAGCAUUGAAAAAGGCCAAUGUGGGUAUUGCUGUAGCAGGAGCGACUGAUGCAGCUCGCUCAGCAUCCGACAUUGUCUUACUGGCGCCAGGUUUGUCUGCUAUCAUCGAUGGUAUCAAAGUAUCAAGAAUCAUCUUCCAACGUCUUCAGUCCUACGCCCUGUACCGCAUCACAUCGACCAUUCACUUUCUCAUCUUCUUCUUUGUCAUCACACUCGCUGAAGACUGGAAGAUGCCACCUGUAUUCCUCAUCUUGAUUUCGUUGCUGAACGAUGCAGCCACAUUGAUCAUGGCAGUUGACAGCGUUAGCAUCUCCCACUCACCCAAUAUGUGGCGUCUUCGUCUGCUGCUUGUGCUUUCUUGUGUUCUCGCAAUUGUCUUGUCAGGAUUCUCUUUUGCACACUUUUACAUCUUCCGUGAUGUAUUGCAUGCUACUCCUGGAGAACUCUCUUCCAUCAUGUAUCUUCAUAUCUCUUCUGCCCCUCAUUUCGUCAUCUUCUCAACUCGUACAAACUCUUUCUGGUGGACUAGUAUGCCAUCGCUUGUGUUUACUGCUAUCGUACUGGGUACACAAGUCAUUGCAUUAGUGUUAUCUGUAUACGGUGCCUUUGGAGCAGAUCCCAACAUUACCAGCAUAGGCUGGGCUCGUGGUAUGAUCAUCAUAGCCAUCUCGCUCGGUACCUUUUUCAUUAUCGAUGUCAUCAAGGUGCUUACUAUCUUUAUUUGGGACAAAUUUGCCGACAAGUCUAGACAUGAGUUUGCAACGGUACCCGCCUUUGCUAAAAGCAAAAAGGAUACCAGCAAAGCAUCCAAAUUCAUCCAAAAGCAGCAUCAACAGCCAUCUCGAUUUGGCUAUGACAGAGCUCAAAGACGUGAAUCUGUAAGCUCAGUAAAGUCCUAUUAA